AUGUCGUGUAGGUUUAAUAACCUGUCUCUAUCAAACAAUCACGGAAUAAAAGGGGUUGCUGCCACUGUACACCAUACUACUGCAGGUUACAUACUGACAAGCGACGCCUUGCCACAGUUAUGGGACAUUCCAGAGCCUGAAGAAAUGAGCGUAAAGCACAAGACACAGCCAUAUGGUGGG